AUGACAGAAAGUGGUGGGCAGGAACAGUCAAGAUGGAUAACAACAGUUAUUAUGAGUACAGCGCUGCAGACUCAUGAAAUUUCUACGAUUCUGCAGAGGCAACAACACCGAGUUCGAUAUUCAGAAUCGGUGGAAAUUGGAUCCGUGAUUUUUUCUGUUUCUGGUGUUGCAUUUAUGCUGGCAGACACUCAAGACUUGCUUAUGACGGGGGAAGAACAGUUCUUCAAAAGAAUUCAGAAGUUCAUAAACAUUCAUCGGAACAGUUUUUUGGUUUUGUCAGCUGCUCUUCACGGACCAGAAGAAUGGAAUGUCAUGUUUAGGAUUCAGAGAAGAUUCCUGGGCAGUAAUUUACGUGUAAUACCAGUUCAUAAUACUGCUGAAACUGUUAAGUUAAUGCUAACUAUAGCUAAGAUAACUUCCAAGCCACGAGCAGAUGAUAUUCGUUACAAAAUGGCAAUGACAAAAGCCCAAAUAAUAGAAAACAGCCCAGUUUGGAAGAUGCUUCAGGAGUACCAGUUGCAUUGUAAUUAAUUUAGUAUUUGGGGUUUUUAUUCAUAAAUAGAGUAGCUACAUCUUAAACAAAAUAUAGAAUGUUCUUAAAAAUAGUAACAUUUCAAAAGACUGUAUGUACAACUUAAGCAUUUAGAAUGAAAAUUUAUAUUAAAUAACUACACAGUGAGAAACAGCAUAGAAUGCACAUUUGGUACAAUGUAAGAAAAAAAAAGUGGUUUAACUGCACUGUAGAAAAGCCAUCCUUAUUUUCAACUUGAUUCUGAACUUACGAGCUCAUCUGUUUAUACUAAUUUCCCAAAAUAUUUAAUAUAUCUUCAGGAACACUUUAUCAUUAAAGAGAAGGAUGAUCAAAACAAUUCCAAAAUACAGGUUUCCCAUGCAUAAACAGGUAUAUGUACGAAAUCUUACACAGUGUGUUUUUUAAACACAAGUGUUAUCUGUUGCGUUACUAAUUUUUAACAUCUUACUUGGCUCAAAGUUGAUGUGUUUCUCUUUAAACCUGGUUUCCUUUGCCAUAGUGUUUCUACUAUUAUCUAUCUAUGCCUUACAGUCUUGUUUGUAAAUACAGAAGCUUGUUUUUCAACGUUAAAAAGCACUAAUAAAAAUACCUUGCGCUUAAACGGUGCUUUUUAAUCAA